UAAUUAAUUAUUUAAUGGAGGAAAGCAUCUAUAACAUUAUAAUUGAAGAUCCUAUUCCAUAAAAACGAUAAAAAAAGUAUAAAUCAUAAUUCCCUGGUACUAUUCAACCAUCUUAUAGUACAUUUGGAAAUUAAUCAAAUGUUAUUUAGGUAUGACGAUCACUAAAUGUAAGGUUAAAAAUAUAAGUGGAGAUUAUUAGUUAUCAUCUAAUAGAUAUACAUCUGAAAGUGGAACUAUUGGAAAAGCAAAAACAUGUUAAUUUAUCUUAUUAAUAUUUAGAAUAACUCUCACCCAUUAAACCUAGAAUUAUGGGUACUAAUAAUUUAGAUGAAUGGAUUGAAAAAGGAUCACUUGUAAGAAGUUAAGAAUUAGUUCAUUCUCAUAGAAAUAAAUUGAAACCUCUUGUUCCAAAAUCUAUAGAAAAACCAACUAUGGGAUUAUAAUCUAAUAGAAAUUUUAUUGCUACAAACAAAAUUGAUAUCAUUCUUCAAUGUUAUUUUUAUAUUUAUAAUAGCUCCUAAAUAAAUAUAAGAAUAACCUAAUUGGCUCAAUAAAAAAGAUUAUGGAUAAAUUCCACUUUAUUUAAGUCAAAUCAAAGAUUAACUCUAAUAAUCUUAUUUAUAAGAAUAAGAUUAUGCUAAAAAAUAAUUAGAAGCAUAAAAUGAUUAAUUGUAAUUUAUAAUUAAUAAUCUAGAUAAUUAUUAUCAGAAGAAGAAUUAUAAUAAAUUAGAGAAGGAUUAAAAUAAAGAUAUGAUGAAGUUAAUAAACAAUAUCAAUAAUAUACACAUUUAAAGAAAUUUGACACUGUUGGAUUAAAAAGAAGAAAAGAAUAAUUUGAAAAAGAAUUAAUUUAAUUAGAAAAAGACAUGGAUAAAAUGAAAAAAUAAUAUGUAUUUGUAGAAAAAUGA